AUGCCGAAAUUGUGGUUCCACGACGACGGGUCUAACUUGACUAUGAGGGAGUUCUAUGAACAGCACCAGAACAACCUGCCCAGGUUGGCUAUCGUCACUCAGGGCUUUGACGGAGGCGUCGAGUUAGACACUCUCGGGAUUGGACAGGUCAUGAGAAUCCAAGGCGCUUGUAAACAAAAACGAGCGGUGGCCAUAGAUGGCGCUGGGCGGAAUAUAACGAUUCCUCUGGACUAUCCGUUAAAGUUCCGAUUCUACAAACGAAAGAAGAAAGAUGUUCUUGGCCAGAAUUUGGGUGAGAUUGUGAGGACCCAUGCACUACCCGUACAGUUGGAGUUCGUCUGUUCAGAGGACUACAGGUUCGACGUUUGUAACACGCAGGCCAGUGUUAAGUCAUUUGGAAAACUGACCGUUUCGAAGGUUUACGAUGAAACAUACCUCAUUGCCAACACUAUUCAAGAAGGAGUAUUCGAGUUGCACACCAUACUGGUUCCACUGUACCUACAGAAAGUGUUGGUAUCCACGGUGGUCGGGAUAAAGGAUCAGACUUCUGAACAGUUUCGAGACUUCGUCUGUGGCAUCGAGGACGCUGCGACGCGCACAAUAUACGACGGGAAGACUGGCAACGAAAAUAUUGCCAUGUACAACCAGGCCGAUAUUGACGAAUCGAAAUCGGAGAAUGUGUACGAGCUGCUUGAACCGGCGAGCUUUUUCAAGAUCACCAGACCGGUGGAGGAAAACACGGGGGAAUACUCGACAUUGCAGGUCGCAGCAGAAGAAACCCAGCCACGUGCCAAGACGACUGGCGCAAGGAAGAUAACUCAAUCAACGAGUUGUCCACCACAGAAAGUUCGUGUACCGGAAGUACCACCCAGAACUAUUGCCCGGAGAAAAGUUCCACCAGCCCCGCGUCUACUCUCACCAGACUAUAACCGAACAGAACAAAUACAGCAGCCAGGUGAAACCAGCAUCACAGGGGAGACAACCCAAUCGACGAAUCGCCCUAUUCAGCAUGAUAGCCAAUUCCUUUUACCACAGAAAAGUAAUCUGGAGGGUUUCAUGUCUAGUUCCCAGCAACCGCGUCCACUUCCGUCCCCGAUCCCGCAAAAAGAUGAUGGUCUUCGUGGUAGCAAAACCGCCCCACCGCUACCCGAACGUGAUCCUCUUCAGCAACCCGAGCGUGCAACUCUAGAGGAGGCUACCAACAGAACUGGGAAUGCGUACGUCAAUGCCAUAGAAAGAGCUGUGGUAGCUCCGUAUGUAGCCAGUACGUCAAGUCAGAGUGCCGUGCGUGCCGUGGGUGCCGUGAGUGCCGUGAGUGCCGUGGGUGUCGUGAGUACAGAGGAGAAAAGGGCCGACGAGUUAACUAUAGGUGAACUGGCAGUCAAGAUGAAGCGUCUGCGGCUAGACAGACACGUGGAUUCGUUCAGGAAAGAAGGAAUCGACGGAUACCUGCUCUGUAAGUUGACCAAAAACAUCCUGGCCAAGGAAUUCAGCUUCACAGAACUGGAGAUCAUAAAGCUUAUGGCGUUCAUUGAAACUGGACAUAUCCCACAAUAAAAAAAACACGUCUGCUACAAAUGGAAUGAUUGACAGAAAAAAAAUAAUGUAGUGUUUAAUAGCAUAUCACACUGAGAUAGUGAAUGAUACAAAACGAAAAUGUGAAAUCUGUAUAGUACAAAACGAAAUCCGAAAGUGAAAUAUGUAUGGUACAAAACAAAAUCCACAAAGUGACAUGGUGCAUGGCCCACAACGAAAAUUACAGUCAUCAAGUACAUGAUAAAAAACGAAAAUCGCCCAAUUGAAUACCAUUGUGGAAUAUCACAAAAAUCGAACAGUGAAAGAGGACAUGGUUCAAAACGAAAAUCCAAUAGCAAAAUUAUAUAUUUUUUUGAUUUAAUUUAAAAUAAAUUUGUCGCCAUCAUUUUA